GGCGGGCUGGAGGAGCUCUGGGCGCAAAUACUUCGAUUCUUUCUGCCAUCUUCGUCUCGACGGCGCGAGUGGGUGGUUCACUGGCAUUAUUGGGUCAAUUUUGGUUUCUAGGGUGAGUAUUGAUUGUCAUUGAACUGUAGUGACAGACAGUCCCGGAUUUAUUGGUUGCGCGAUCAUCUCCUUCCACUACAAGGCGAACAUGGCUCAGUCAUCCCACCGUGGCGAUUUCUUCCAAACCACGACAGCUUUAGAGGAUCAAACUCGCAAGAAUACCAAGUCCUUGAAUACAGAUGGAUCGCCCAUUAGGUUACAGAGUAAAAUACUGGCUGUUCAGGCAGACCCCGUGAAUGCGGGCGUCGUGUUUGUUGCCCAGAGCGGGGGAACGGUCCGGAAGAUCAUACUCGAAACAGGGGAUAUUGUCGCCGUCUUCAAAGGUCCAACUGCUCCGGUUACGAGUAUCUGUUUCAGCCCCGAUGGCCGAUUGCUGUUUGCCGGUUGCUGGGACAAGACUAUCUGGAGUUGGGAGGUGGCUACAGCACAACCGAAGCUAAGAUAUGAGGGCCACACCGAUUUUGUGAGAUCGGUCGUCAGCACACAGCUGAAGGGACAGGACGUCCUCGUCUCCGGAGGUGCGGACGCGCAAAUCUUGGUUUUCGACAUUACCAGCGAGCAGCGCUUGUCGGUCCUGAAGGGCCAUGUCAAAGGAAUUCAAGAUCUCGCGGUGGAUCCCAUUUCUCUGGAAUCCGAGAGCCCGGAAUUGACCGUCUUCAGUGCGGGGAGUGACCGGGAAAUUCGCCAGUUUGACAUCGCCAAUGGCAGCAAAGACCUUACCGGGACGGAUGCCAUUCUGGCUCACGACACCAACGUUUACAAGCUGGUUUUCGAUCGGGACGGGGAUUUAUGGACUGCCUCGGCAGACAAGACCGCGAAGUGUCUUGCCCGAGAGGACAGCUGGAAGCCCAAUCUGACUCUAACACACCCGGACUACGUCCGAGACGUCGUGGUGUGCGAACAGGGCGGUUGGGUCGUCACUGCCUGUAGAGACGAAGAGAUUCGAGUGUGGAAUCGAUCCACUGGAAAGCUCCAUCACACGUUCUCCGGGCACUUCGAAGAGGUCACGGGCCUAAUACUCUCUGGAUGGACGAUUGUCAGCGUCAGUAUCGAUGCGACGGUACGACAGUGGUCCUUGAAACCGGAUGAUCUACAAAACGCAGUGGAAAAGGCCAGAAACCCGACCGAAGAGGACGAGGAGAAGCCGGAAGAUUCGGGACCUAAGCUUACAGAAGAAGAAGAACGGGAGCUGGCCGAGCUCAUGGGUGAAGACUGAAUGGACUGACAUCAUGGCGAAAGCCAGCCAUAAUGAGAUACGUGGAAUGCAUAGGGUAUAUUUCUUGUUUAUAGACAAA